UCACCUCUACUGCCGUAGCAAACACUGUGUAAGUGAACUCAUGUGUGGUGGAGGCGUAAUCAGCCGGGAAAUUUCAUAGAAGGAUCUGGGAAAUGCUAAAAAUAAGUUCAACAUGAUUCUACUACUGGGGUCUGGAUUUCUACAGGACCAGCAUUGCUUCUUGCUUUGAAUUCUGAAGACAGGUUCAAAGCUUAUUUCUUAUGUGUGUUUGCUGUGUUUCUCCCUGGAAGGGCGGGAGACUGCUUCUUGACUGUGUUUUGAAAUGGGAGGUAGAAAGAAUGGAUUGCCUGUAAUUCAUGCCUGAAAAUGUAUUCUUUGGGUAAUUAAAGAAGAGCUGCUUUCCUAAAACAUCCUGACCUUUUAGUUCAUAUUGGUCUGUGACCCCCACCACCACCAUUAACCUCCAGAGUGAUUAGCCCACCCCUCUUGUAUUCCCAUGGAAGCAGCUGGGUAUAUUUAAUAUUAGGAGCACAUCCAGAAGUCUUUGAGGAGGGGGAUGGCUCUUCAUAUUCAUGAAGCCUGCAUACUUCUGUUGGUCAUCCCUGGAUUGGUCACGUCUGCUGCCAUCAGUCAUGAAGACUACCCUGCUGAUGAAGGCGACCAGACUUCCAGUAAUGAUAAUCUGAUCUUUGAUGACUAUCGAGGGAAAGGGUGUGUGGAUGACAGCGGCUUUGUAUACAAGUUGGGAGAACGAUUUUUCCCAGGGCAUUCCAACUGUCCAUGUGUCUGUGCUCUGGAUGGACCUGUUUGCGACCAGCCAGAAUGCCCUAAAAUUCACCCAAAGUGUACCAAAGUGGAACAUAAUGGAUGCUGUCCUGAGUGCAAAGAAGUGAAAAACUUUUGUGAAUAUCAUGGGAAAAAUUACAAAAUCUUGGAGGAAUUUAAGCCCUCUCCAUGUGAAUGGUGUCGCUGUGAGCCCAGCAAUGAAGUUCACUGUGUUGUAGCAGACUGCGCAGUUCCUGAGUGUGUCAACCCAGUCUAUGAACCAGAACAAUGUUGUCCUGUCUGCAAAAAUGGUCCAAACUGCUUUGCAGGAACGACAAUAAUUCCAGCUGGCAUUGAAGUGAAAGUGGAUGAAUGUAACAUCUGUCACUGUCACCACGGGGACUGGUGGAAGCCUGCUCAGUGUUCAAAACGUGAAUGCCAAGGCAAGCAGACUGUGUAGAAAAAAAUUCCCAACCAAUGACAUGUUCUUAGGAGAGAAUGUGAUGGCUUCUACACUGCACAUGUUCAAAACAAACAAACAAACUCCUGCCAGCUACAACAGGGUCACCAGCAAAACCUUUUAGGGUUGACAAAAGUGAAUAUUUUACUAAGAGGAAAUUUCUCUCUUUCUCUCUUGCUAUAUAAAAUAUACAUAGUAUACAGCUAUUUAAACCGCUUUUGUAAUUAUCACUGCUUGAUGGUGACGUGACGACUGGAUUUCUGGAACAAAAAGAAAGAAAUAUCUUUGCACAGGCUCCUCCACUGGUGAUGGCUCCAGCCUGCCAGCUUACCGUCAGCUGAUUUACUCCAUUUUUAUUCUUCUGUACUUCAGACCUGGCAUUUUUCUCUUGUAGUAUUUUUUAUUUCAUUUUAGAGUCUAAGGGGCCAGAUCUGACUGCCUAGUAAAGGUUUGAGUGGUGUGGAAAAAGCUCUGGUAAAGGAGAGUCAGGGGUGAGGAUCCUUGCUGACCAGGAAGACAAAAGAGAAUCCAAUUGUUCCCCCCUGGUGAACCAUGCCCUGUAGGCUAAGAGAAGAGACAUGUACGCAUUCCCAGAUGAACCCACUGCUGGGCAGGCUGGGGAACUGGUGCUUUGUCCAUUAUGUGGGGGCUCACAAUUUGAUUCUUACGAACCGCACAUUACAUACGCAAAUCUUGAAACUGCCAAUCAAAAAAUUAAUAUGUGAUGGACACCAUGAGCUCUGCUAAAGAAUUCAAAGGGAAAUAGGUAUUUUAAAUUGUAGCUCUCUCUAAUCACCAGACUUUCUCAUGACACUGAAUUUGAGUUUGACUUGUAACUUAAACACGCUCUAAACACACUCUGUCACCUGGAUAUGCAUACCAGAACCAGGGUGAAUAGCCCCACUGUGAAUCUGAAUCCUUCUGAACAUUUCUAACGUUUGGGUUCAGAUGUGGUUGAAAGCCAAUAGUUCACACAGGCGGUUGAGAUGGUUUGAGUCUGUGUUUGCCAUGUUACAGGAACAACUGCUCAGCCCUAUGUCUAAAAGACAGAUUCAGGACACUCUUCCACCUCAAGUGCUGAUUUAAAUUAAAAAUUAGGGUAGAGUGAGUCUUGCACAAUACAAUUCCAUUUGUUGAACAUUUUUUAAAAUGUAUAUAUUAUAUACUGAAUAAUUAAAGUGAAUCUUUGAAGAGUCUCAAGGUUGCCCUGGUAAUGCUGCUAGUAUAGUAACAGAAAAAAUAAAACACACAGGGUAUCUGAUACCACCUCGAUUCAAGUGCAAAAUUAGCAAUCUGAACCCGCGUGGCAGAGCUAUUUGCUUAUUCCACUCUCCUGUCUUGAAAACCUUGGUGCAGAUCUACUGUGUCCUUGAAGAAACUUUAAGGUUGUCAUCAUUAUGGAUAUUCUUUCAUUUCCUGCUCCUACUCCAAGCUAGGCUUUGCCAUGGCUCCCGUGGGAGGGUGAUAUUCUAGAACAGGGUUUCUCAGCUUCAGUGUUAUUGACGUUCUGGGCCAGGUAAUUCUUUGUUGUGGCGAGAUGUCCUGUGUAUUUUUUAUGAUGUUUAGCAACAUCCCUGGCCUCUAUUCACUAGAUACCAGUAGCAACCCCCCCGCCAGAUGAGACAAGUAAAGGUCUCCGGACAUUCCCAAAUCACCCCAAGGGGUGCGGGUAGAGCCAAAAUUGCACCUGAUUGAGAACCACUAGUCUGGAAUGAUCAGCUUAGAGUGGAUUCUGACAGAAAGCAUCUUGGGCAAGUUCUGGCUGCACUUGUGGCUUUGGUGAGCCAAGGAACCUUUUGGGAGGUUCACAAACAGCAGCCGCUGUUUGUGGGGGUCAGUCUCCUCCGUAGGAAGCGAGUGGCUUCUAAUGCCAUAGGUCCAACCUCAGGACACAUAUUUUCUUUCAUUUCCUCAACCGUUUUUCAUUUCAAAUUGACAACCUCUCCUCCACGGAAGCACCUCAGAGUUGUCAUUUCCAAAAUUAAUGUGUCGAAAAGUUGGGCCUGACAUUUCUUAUGCACCCCGUGCUUGUGUUUGUUAUGAUACAAAUAGCCACGUCGGCACCAUCCUGAGGAAGAACAUCAAGCCGCCUUCCCUUAGAACACCAAUUUGCAGCAAGCGUGGUGCCUUUCAGUUGCCACCAUGGAUACAUCAUAUAGACAGUCAUGAAUCAUUCAUGAACAAUUCCGAAUGAUUUAUUCCUGCACUCCAAGGUAAAGGCAUUCCACACUUGAGCUUGUGUCUAGACAGAGAUGUGUUACAGAGCUUUCUUUGCCCUGAGGUUGCCUGUUGCCAGCUUCAAAAAACCACACUCUCAGAAAGAAAUAAUAAUAAUAAUAAAUGACAGGAAUAAGGUUUGAAACCCAGAAAAUAUCAUUAAUAGAGCCAUGGAGCAUAGUACCUUAUCCAUUAUUAAGGAGUUACUAUGUCCUUUAUAGAGGCAGAAAGAGAGUGCAACUGGGAAGCCAGGGUACUGUAUUUUGCUUCAAAGUCUUGGCACCGUGAUAGUCACAGCAAGACUUUUCUAGAAUGAAGUAUAAAACAUCCAAGAAACACUCUCCAGAGAGUAUGCAAAAGGAAGGCUGCUCCGUAGCCUCUGUUACCAGCCAGAGAGAGGGAUUUUUGUUGUUGUUGGAAUUUUUUUUUUUUCCUCAGAGUUUCACUACAAGCUGUUUCUUUCAAGACUUUGUAGCAUUGACAUCUUUCCCCCUUUAGGGAGAGAUGAACCUAUACUGUGACAGAAUUUCUCAUAAAAUGAUAAACAUUUUACAACUUCCUUCUAUCCAGGUCAUUGAGAAAUUCUUUCCAAACUCUGAACAACAGAAUGCUGGUCUCAUUGUUGUUUUCUUUUGAAGGCUUUGUUUGCAUCCAAACUGUCACCUCUCCGCUCCUAUGUCUCCGCCGCCUUUGGUUCUCUGCUUUAACUACAGCUAUGUUUAAAUAAGGGAUCAACAUCCUGUUUGUCAGCUGAUGCCUGUUAAAAACGAUUCAGUUUCUAAAAUCUUUGAAAACUGGUGUGCCUGAAAGCUAGUGAGAAAAAGAACAAAACAAAACAACUAAAAACUAAACUGUAAAAAGGGGAUUCUAGCAACAAUAUUUGAUGUGUAAAAGAAUAUAUUAUUAAAAAAUUAUUUUGUUAA